AUUAGCAGAAUGAUCCCUAUAUAAAGGGAAAGCAUAACCUUCUUAGUUAUAUUAAUAAAGUCCUUUCAUUGUGUUUCCCUUACCACAACUUGAGUACAUCAGACAUGAAGGAUCAAAUGCAAGUUAAAAUCUUGUCCAAAAGCCUCAUAAAACCAUCAUCACCAACGCCAGACCACCUUCAAGAUUACAAGUUAUCUUUCUUUGAUCAAGUGGCUGAUAAAGCACACAUGCCUCUUGUUCUUUUCUAUCCUCAUUGUAAUAACAACUCGAAAAAUGAAGAGCUUGAAGAAUCCUUGUCAAGGGUUUUAACCCAUGUUUACCCUUUAGCGGGUCGAUUCGCAGAAGAUGAAUCCUCAGUUCUGUGUCUCGACCAAGGUGUAACUUACAUAAAAGCAACGGUCAAUUGUCAUCUUGACGAUUUCCUCGAGCGAGCACACAAAGACCUUGACCUAGCAUUACCAUUUUGGCCUCAUGGCAUUAUGGAAGUGGACGACACGAAUAUAUUCGUCACACCACUUAUGGUUGUGCAAGUCACAACGUUCGAAUGUGGUGGCCUAGCUCUAUCUAUUAGCACUUCACAUCCUGCUAUGGACGGAUUCACGGCUUUCACAUUCAUUUACGAAUGGGUCAAAGUGUGCAAAUUUGGGACUCCUUGUAAGGAGAUUAACUUCAUGAGCUUCAAUUUGGGAACUCUUUUCCCUGCCAAAGAUUUAACCGCCAUUCUUGAUGAUCCUGUUGACGAAGGCAAACGUACAAAAUCUAAGUUGAUUGCAAGGAAAUUUGUAUUCGACGAAGUUGCAAUAUCAAAGCUCAGAAAGAAAUUUGAUACGGAAGCUUUGAGUUUCAAACCUUCACGAGUUGAGAUGAUAACAACACUUCUAUGGAGGUCUCUAAUCCGUGCAGCUGGAGCUGGAAAUCCGCAUUUGAAACGGUCUAUAAUGGCCUUUCCAUUUAGCUUGCGCGGUAAGGUUGCAGCUUUUCCUCAUGCUACGAACUCUUUUGGAAAUUUUAUCAUCGAAAUUCCCAUAAGAUUUGAACAUGAUGACGAGACAAAGAUGGAGUCGUUGCAUCACAUUGUAAAACUGAUAAGAGACUCAGUUCAAGAGACUGCUAGUAACUGUGUCAAUGCUACUCCAGAUGAGAUAGUUUCUGUGGUUGUCAACUUAUACAAGGAUAGCUAUGCUGGAUCAGAAUGGGGAGGCAAUAGCGAAGUUGUGCAUUUUACAUGCUCAAGUUUGUGCAGGUUUCCCAUGCAGAAAGCUGAUUUUGGUUGGGGAAAACCAAGUUUAAUGCACUUUGGCUCAAGGCAUAGUCAAAUCUUUUGGUUGUAUGAUACAGAAGAUGAGACUGGCAUUGCAGUGCAAGUGGAUUUGCAGGAAACGUACAUGAACUCCUUUGUCGGUGACCAGGAUAUCAUGGAUUUUGCUAAAUUUUAGGCUUUAAUUAAUUUCUUCGUCCUUUCAUUUGUAGUCCCUUUUCUGAAUUUUCUAACAAAGUAAGCCAUUAUUUCAGUCAA